GAGUCAGUCAAUGCUUCUCCUAUCUAGAUCCCCAUAUGAACUUUCCUGGUUCUCCUAAACAGUAAACAACCCAGAUCCAAUCUCGCCACAAAUUCCUCCACCAUCCAUUCCACACUCCAAAGUCCAAACCAAACCCAACGAACAAUUGAAUUUGCUUCCCCUCUCCGCUGCCAAGUGCCAAGUCCUCAGAUCAUCACCCAAUGCCCGUAGCUUUCGUCACCUGCUCACUCGUCCAUGUCUGUGAUUCUGUGAAUCCGUGACAGACAUAGAACGGCCGAAAGCAAAGCCCACUCAUCCCUCCCGUGACUUGUCCCUCGUGACCCUAAUUCCAUUAUUUCUCUUUUCACAUUCGUUUUGAUCGUUUCAGCCAAUUAAUGAACCAAAUCACUACCUUCCAAAUCCACCCUCUAUUGGCGCAUUAACCGAAUUCCCCCUUCCCCUCCUAUGACCACCCACCACAGAAAACCCAUAAAACCCAGCUUCGCCUCGCUCUCCAAACCAUGUUCCUCCCUAUCCAAACCCUCUUCCAAAUUCCUCUUCAUCUCCAUGGCCUCCUUCGUCUUCCUCUCCCUCCUAACCCUCACUCUCUUCCUCUCCCUCUCCUCCGCCGCCCGCCACCGCCACCCUUCCAACACCGCCGCCGCCGCCACUCAGAUCCAACUCGCCUGCAAAGCCACCCGCUUCCCCGACACGUGUCAGUCCUCCCUCGCCCAGCUCCCUGACCUUCCUCCGAACCCGACCCCAAUCGAGACAAUCGGACUAGCCAUCCGGGUCUCCUCCGAUGGGCUCAAGUCGGCCCAGAAAAUGGUGACCGACAUUCGAGAAGCGUCCAAGGGGAACCAGAACCGCACCCUCGCCGCCAAUAACUGCCUCGAGGUUCUGCACAACUCCGAGUACCGCAUUUCGCGGGCGACGGAGGAGCUCUCACGUGGGCGGACCAAGAGCGCACGCGCCGCCUUCAGCGCCGCCCUGCUCUACCAGUACGACUGCUGGUCGGGGCUCAAGUACGCCAACGACACCCAGAUGGUCAACAAAACGAUGUCGUUUCUCGACGGGCUGCAGAGCAGGUCCAGCAACGCCCUCAGCAUGAUGUUCUCCUACGACCACUACGGCGACGACACCAGCCUGUGGGCCCCGCCGAAGACCGAGCGUGACGGGUUCUGGGAGCGGGGGUCGGGUUCGGGUUCGGGUUUCUCGGGCGGCGUGCCGAAGAAUCUGAAGGCGGACGCGACGGUGUGUGAGGAGGGGUGUGAGUACCGGACGGUGCAGGAGGCGGUGGACAAGGCGCCGGAGAAUUUGGAGGCGGGGAAGAGGUUCGUGAUUCAGAUAAAGACGGGGGUGUACGAGGAGACGGUGAGGGUGGCCUUAGAGAAGCGGAACCUGGUGUUCUUGGGCGACGGGAUGGGCAAGACGGUAAUUACCGGUUCGUUGAAUGCGGGCCAGCCCGGAAUCUCCACCUACAAUACGGCCACCGUCGGAGUUCUUGGUGAUGGGUUCAUGGCCAGUGGUCUCACAAUUGCAAACACAGCAGGCCCUGAUGCCCACCAGGCAGUGGCUUUCCGAUCAGACAGCGAUCUAUCCGUGAUCGAGAACUGUGAGUUCUUAGGAAAUCAGGACACUCUAUAUGCACAUGGCAACCGUCAGCUAUACAAAUCGUGCAAAAUCCAAGGCAAUGUGGAUUUCAUCUUUGGAAACUCAGCUGCCAUUUUCCAGGACUGCAACAUCCUCGUUGCUCCCCGACAACUCAAACCCGAGAAGGGCGAAAACAAUGCCAUCACAGCCCAUGGCAGGACAGACCCUGCACAGUCAACCGGUUUCGUUUUUCAAAAUUGCUUGAUCAACGGAACCGAAGAGUACAUGAAAUUGUAUUACAGCAAACCCCAAGUGCACAAAAACUACUUGGGGAGGCCGUGGAAGGAGUAUUCAAGGACGGUUUUCUUAAAUUGCAAUAUGGAAGCUCUGGUUACCGCGCAGGGGUGGCUGCCUUGGAGUGGGGAUUUUGCUUUGAAGACACUUUUCUAUGGGGAGUACGGGAAUACAGGAACAGGUUCGAAUUUGACCCAGAGAGUGACCUGGAGCAGCAAGAUUCCGACCGAGCAUGUUAGUACAUAUUCAGUGCAGAAUUUUAUUCAGGGAGAUGAGUGGAUGGAGACCAUUUAGAGGAAUAUGCCUUCCUGCUAAGUAGGGGAAUUCAAAUACGGCCCCCGUUUAAAUAAUACAUCAAUUCAACUAGUGAGUGUACGUACUACUGUUAUAGGAAGAGAUUUUAGAGACCUCUUGGAUUUGUAUGAACUUAACAAAUUAUUAGUAAAAUAUAUAGCCGGCAUUGAUGAUUUUCA